AUGCGGUGGUUUGCAUGGCUCAUCGUCAUCAUCGUCCUCGUCCUUCUCGCAUACGCCGGUUGGAUAGCCUACUCCCAGAUUCGCGCCCGAAGAGCCGGCCUUCCUCCACCACCGUUGAAAUCAUACAUACCGUUCACGUCCUCUCCGGCAACAUAUGGCGACAGCAAUUACCCUACUCCUCGAAGCGGCGGGAUAGUAGGCUGGUUUAAAGAUAAGAUUGCGGCCUUGCGCAAUAAAAGGACACACCAUGGGUCGUACGAAGAUCAUCUUGAGCCGCGAGCCUAUCGAGGAGCUGGCGGGCCGCUCUCUGAACACGAUGAGCCGUGGGACACGCGCAUGGGUGCUGCCGAAAGAGAUGGAGGCUUCGGCCCGCCGGGGUAUUAUGAGGAGCAGGAACUGGGUCUCGCGUCAAAUGCCGGCGGAUACGAUCGCAGCGCAUCCGCUUACGACCGUGGCCUUGCUCCCGGAGUCGGUCAAGAUACAAGCCGUGGCAGGAGUCUAAGCCGUGACGCAUCACUGCAUGCCGAUGAUCCAGAAAAUCCGUUCGGUGACCACGCUGAGGGUAGCAACUUGAGGAGUGUGAGCCCAAGACCAGAACCUCCCGCUGGUGAGAACUCUACACCAGCAAAGAAGGGCGUGUUCCGGGAAUCGUUCUGA